AACCCUCAGUGAAAUACAAAACAGAGCUGGGACGGAGGAUGUGGCAUUGCUAAAAAAAUAAAUAAAAAAUAUCUGGAAUCUUUCUUCAAAAUACAUCAAUGUGUAUUAAUAUAAGAUGGAACGAACAAAACGAGAUCUAGAGUCAGUAGUAAAUUCGCAAAAGGACCAACUAUCUCGGUAUGAAAAGAGACUUAAAGAUGUUGUCACCGCCUACAAGGGUUUGCUAAAGGAAAAGGAAGCACUGGAAACCAGUCUUGCAGCAAUAACAUCUCAAAAAGAUGAGGCGAUGACAGCGAAAAAUAAUGACAACAUUUCUGAUACCACGGAGAAACCAAAUAGUGAGACAACUUCCGUGUCUGAUGCGGACGAUGAGGCGGCUGUUAGUGAAAAAUCAAACAUUCAAAGCCAGAUUGCAACUCUUAUGAAUUCAUUAGCUACUCUAUCUGCUGAAAAGUCUCGCAUGGAACAAUCAUUCCAAGCUGACAAAAAACAGUUGCGCUCGCAAUUGCUACAGAAGGACCAAACAAUUAUCGACUUGCAAAAUAGAUUGCAAGAAAGCAAAGAGCGUGCCAAAGCCGAAGUGGACGAAGUUAAAGCGAAAUGGAUAAUCGAGCGUCAAGAACGUGAGAAGGAAACGAACAAUCAGAUGUUGAUGAUAAGGGAACUGCAAAAACUGUAUGCCGAUGAGAGGCACCUGAAGGAGAACAUUGAAAUGCAAUUGAAUAACUUUAAAACUAAUUUUGCAAGUAAUGAGGCGGAGCAUUCACGCGUUGGGGAGCUUCAAGCCCAGCUUAAAGAUGUCAAAGCCCAACUGAAGCAAAUGCAUGCUGAAAAGGGUCUAUCGGAUACGAAAACCACCCACAACAGUGCUAUUUUGUUAAAACAACUACAACAGGAAAUGCAUCAGUUGAAAGAGCAACAUGCUGUUGCCAUAAAAAGUGAACAGCGACGAGUUCAAUUAGCCGAGGAGCAAUCACGCAAACAAGCCGUGCUUCACGAAGAUCGUGUAGCAAAUUUGGAAGCUCGUCUUGCAGAAUUAAGCAAAACCGUAGGAAAUUACGAUAGAUUGAGACAACAAGAUCAGGAUUCUAUACAUGUAUUAAAAAGACAACUACAAGACUUGGAACGAACAACCAACGAGAGUUGCUCUGCACGACAAAACAUUAUUCCAGAAAACAUUGGGCAGCGUUUGCCGGCAACGGAUACCGAUAUGGGCCACAUAGUAGAUGAAAUAAUACGCCUGAAGAAAAUUAUAUUGAAGGAAAAUGGCAGAUCUGCAAAUCCAAUUGAUUUGACGAAUAUCUUUUCUGUGGGAGCUGAUCAUGCACAGUGCCAACAGGAGUUAAAUGCGUCGUACAAGCUUUUGGAAGUAGCCAAUUCAGAAAUAAAUCAACUUAAAGAAAAAGUUAGUCAACAAAAGUCUCACAUAUCCACAUUGCAAGAUAAAGUUAAGGUUCUAAACCGCAACAUAGACGAACAGGAACUGGAACUCAAACACUAUAACGAAAAGUUGCAGUUAAGCCUAAAAGAGGAAAGAGCCAAAUGGAAAUCACUGCAAUCAGAAAUGGAGAACGAUUACAGAUGCAAACUUAAUGAAAUGGAGCAGCAACUGCAAAAACAAAGGCAGCGCUCAUUACAAUUGCUAGAUGAGAAAGAGCAGGAAAUUAAAGCGCUGCAAACAUCAUUUGAAAUAUUUCAUGCUUCCAACAAUUCGGGCACGAAUUCUUUGAUGGCAAAUGAUGUGCCCUCUGGUAGCGUGGUGUCCUCAGAUGCUGAGAGUAAUGACGAAAUAGCAGCCAGUGUCCGCAAAGUGUCUCUAAAGGCUAAAAAACUAUCAAUGGGCGAGAGUUUUCAUAUGCUGCACUAUGCCAACGAAAUUGCCAGAAAGGACAUUGAAAUAACAAAUUUACGUAAAGCCCGAUAUCAAGCGGAGACUGCAAUGCGGAAGGCAAUUCAUGAUAAGGUGACUUCACAGGAAGAGCUGAAUGACAAGCUAGCUGUUCUCGAAGAGCAAGUUGAUCGACUUGAGCGCUGCAAAACUCGAGAGGGCGCUAAUCUAGAGUAUCUUAAAAAUGUUAUUAUUAGCUAUAUUGUUUCGAAGGAUGCUGAUGGCAAACGUCACAUGAUGAACGCAAUAAGCGCUGUUCUGCAAUUUACAUCAGCCGAAAUGCAGAUUAUUAAUGCUUCCCUCCAAAAGAAGUAACAACAAGAAAGAGUUUUUAUGUAGCAAUUCCAUUUGGUUAAAACCCCUGUUAUCGACUUAUACACAGACAUAUAAAUAAAUAUACAAGUAUCUCAUA